AUGUCAUACAUUUCUUCCAAGACAUGGAUCGCAGAUAUAAUCAGGGAAGUUGACAGAUUCGUGAGAAUUUCGAAAGACUCUCUGAUUAUCGCGCCCGAGUCGCCAAAUGUCCCUCAAGCCUACUGCGAAUGGCGUGAACAUCGGGUGUUCAUCAAUCAAAGAGCCCAGGAGUCAGAACCUCAACGCCGCACACUUAGAGCCUCACAGCGAGCCGGGCAGGCGAAAACCUCAAUCCAGCCAUUCGGUGGCAAGACGUUCAAAGACGCUCGAUCUUCCGUGCUGGCAAUGGAGACGAUAUGGCUGCCUUCUACGAGCUUCCAUCUUGAACGGCCUCUUGCUCCCUGGCCAUGCAGCAACGAGCUCACGAGCGACGGUACCAUGAGAAGUAUGUCCGGAUAUUCCCGUUUCCCUCCCCUGCCUAGGGUACCGGGCAACGAGACCGUUCAUUGGAGAAAAAGAGUCCCAAUAAAGCCGUACCCGUUCGAUACUUUUGGAAUGCCCAGUCUAGGACGCAUCGCGGGCGCGCCAGAUACCGAAGAAGAGAUGGCAUUCUUCGUUGGUCAGGCCUUGCUCGAGGAGAUCAAUACUGACGAAUUCUAA